AUAAUGUCUCAAAAAAAGCUCUAUCUCAGUGCUCUGUCUAGAGAAGGAUAAAGGUAAAGCAUUCAAUAGGUAUCAUCAAACUUUGGCUCUCCAAUGAAGGGAAAGAAAAUUACAUAUGGAGGAGAAAAUUACAUGCCUGAGCCAUCUGUUUGCAACCGUCUUUCUCUCACAAUUAUCGGCUUCCAUGGUGCUUCCGGUAAUAACUGAUGUCACCAUGUUAGCACUUUGCCCUGGUCAAGAUCACUGCUCAAUCGCCAUCUACCUCUCUGGUUUCCAGCAAGCCAUGACAGGAAUUGGAUCAGUUGUGAUAACACCAAUAAUUGGCAAUCUGUCUGAUCAAUACGGAAGGAAAGCUAUGCUCACAAUUCCCUUGACCGUCUCCAUUUUUCCUUUAGCCAUAUUGGCAUACAGCAGCGAAACCAAUUUCUUCUACUCCUACUAUGUGCUCAGAAUUUUAACAGCUAUGGUCUCUGGAAGCAGCAUCUACUGCCUUGCUCUUGCUUAUGUGGCAGACAACAUUUCAGAAAGACAAAGAGCGUCGGCAUUUGGAAUUCUAUCUGGCAUAGCUUUAGCUUCUUCUGUUGCAGGAAUCUUAGCUGCUCGUUUGCUCUCUACUUCUUUGACAUUUAAGGUUGCAGCAUUUGUAUCAAUGGUUGCUGCUGUGUACAUGAGAAUUUUCCUGAAGGAUAGAGUAUCAGAUAAUGGAAAUUUAAGUGAGCCAAUCUUGAAGAGCAGUGGACCAGAAGAGAAUAUUCAUCAAAAUGAUGCAGACACCAAUAAUUUAUCUACAAGGGUUUCUCCAGUAUCGUCAUCCAACAAGAUUCUAACUGUUGGAGAUCUUAUUUGCUUGUUGAAGAGGAGUGAAACAUUUUCACAGGUAUCAGUUGUUUCAUUCUUUGACAGUCUUGCGGAGGCAGGAUUCCUAGCUUCUUUAAUGUACUAUUUGAAGGCCCGUUUUCACUUCAGCAAAAACCAGUAUGCUGAUCUAUUGCUUCUUAUUGGAGCUGCUGGAAUGGUAUCACAGCUGAUUUUCAUGCCUUUGUUGGCACCAAUUAUAUCAGAAGAAAAGAUACUUUCAAUAGGGCUUUUUAUGGGCUUCAUCAAUAUGUUGCUCUACAGUAUAGCAUGGUCAAAUUGGGUUCCCUAUGCUUCAACUGCAUUAACUGUUUUUACAGUUUUGGUGCAGCCAUCAUUACGCAGCAUCACAUCAAAACAAGUUGGCCCUGAUGAGCAGGGGAAGGCUCAGGGAUGCAUUUCAAGCAUUUGUUCCUUUGCCAGCAUCAUUUCUCCCUUAAUUUUUAGUCCUUUGACAGCUUUAUUCUUGUCUGAAGAAGCACCUUUUAAAUUCCCUGGCUUCAGUAUUUCAUGCAUUGGAUUUGCACUGUUGAUUGGGUUCAUUCCAAGUAUUAUGAUAAAGGCUCCUAUUCCAAUUCCUUGUCAAAAAAACAACAGUAACAGCAUGGAAGCCUAGUUCGUUCAUGAUGUCUUCAAAAAGUUUUCCAAGUUAUAUGUCGCUAUCAAAAUUGCUUAACCGUGAGGGCGAGGAUAAUGUAGAUGAACUUCCAAAGGUUCACCCUAGGAAAAAAGCUUGCCAAUAGAAUGUCUGAGUCUCUAGUCUUGCCUCCAUUAUAAAUGAAGAAGACUUAUUAUAUAUUUAGUACAAGUACAUCAUCCUGACUCAUGACUGUAUAUAGUUUGGUUCAUACCUCCACUAUACAGAAUAAAUAAGAAUCUCGGACCUAACAUUUUAAUAC